GGAUUUGAAUCGGUAUAAAUAGUCUGCAAUAUUUAUUACAUUCAUUUAGUGAAAUCAUUUGGUGUUGACGAUUUCUUCAAAAAUGUUUAUUCAAUUAUUCCUUGUGUGUUUCUUGGUAUUUGCGCAAAAUGCCAAUGCUACUCCCGUUGGGGGAUACGUUCCUAUUAACGAUAAAGAAAUGAUCUUCAGUUAUUCACCCAGUACAAUGGAAUUGCAAAGAUACCAGGAUAGUUUGUAUUAUUUUCAAACGAUAUUUAAGGGAACUUUCUUUCAAGCAAUGCAGUUCUGCAAAUUUCAUGGAAUGGAACUUGUAAGUAUCGAAAGCAAAGAUGAAAAUGAUUUUUUGCACGAGGCGCUCUCCAAGUUUUUAACUGCUGGAGAUUACUUAUUCUGGUCCUCUGGUAUAAAGGUUGAACCUGAUAAUCGCUGGGAAUGGAUGGGCACAGGGAAACCCAUAUCUUAUUUCAAUUGGUUAGCUGGUCAACCCGGUAAUACAGCUACUGAACGAUACUUGGAAUUGAGACAUUUAAAUGCUAAUAGAGAGAUAGUUUAUAACGAUCAAGUUGUAACUCAAGCAAAUUAUGCCAUCUGCGAGGUUUCAAUUCCCAAGACAAUCAAUUUAUAAUUAAAAUCAUAAAUUACUUAACAGAAAAUAUGUUUAUGUUUACGAAUACCUUGUUAGUCAAAAACGAAUGAUCAAGUAAUAAAUAUCUGAACACUUUCUCCGUUGA